CAACCUACAACUCAUCAUUUUUCACCGUUUAAUGAGUAGAAAUACUUGCUAUAUGGUAAUAAUAAUAAUUAUUAUUAUUGGUUUAUUUCAGGAAACUGUAAACAUGAUAUAACCUAGCAUAUUAUCUAAUAUUAAAAUUAUUUUAUGCAUUAUCUUAAAUUAAUGGUCUAAUUAAAUGUGAGUCCACGAUGUAAGCAUGUGGAGAGACAAAUUUGAUCAAGUCAAUCUUGUUAGGGCGGGGUAUACACAGAUAGAUUUCGUGAGGUAUAUAAACAUUUCAUUUUGAAGGAGCAAAACGGUAAAAAAAAAAAAAAAAACUAACUAACAAACGUACAAUACGGUAAAAAGCCUAAACAUACGCAUAAAAGCUUAAAACAGUGGUGUAACCGAUACAUGCUUUGAGGCCUGAGUUGUAAAACAAACGUGAGGCCAAUUGUAGUUUCAUGGCAAGCUAUUAAUUUUCAGGUGACAGUUAAAACUUAAAAGCGUAGGCCAUGCCAAAAACUUAAGCACCUUACCUUACAUGACAGGUGGCCUAACUCUAGUCCCGCCAACACCCUACCCUUUUUUCCACUCUCUUCCAAGUAGUCAAUGCACAUUAUUUCAACAACUUGAAUCCAAUAACCACAAAAACCAGCCAACCGUGCGAAUCUAAUUGGAAGGCAUACUAGAGUUUCGUCUAACAUACCUACCCAUGUUAUUAACAUGGAACAUUAACUGACUCAAAAACGUCAAAACAAUCUUCUUUCUUACGCCGUUGAUCGCGGUAGCACCUUGCCAAGUUAUAUACCUCAAAAACAUGUCUCAAACCGUUCUCACACACAGCACAUGAACCCUCCUAACUCUUCAUCCCACGACAGAACUAGAUCCGUUCCCGUCACCAUGCAGCUUUUUCACAAACCCACCAAGGCUCAGUCCCUUGUUAAUUUCAUUCUAAUAUCUUCUUCAUUCUGCGCCCUCUAUGUCAUCGUAUCAGUGCUAUUGUUGGGGCCUUCAAGACUAAUUCAUGUGAACAAGACAACAUCACAAGAUGUGUCCGCACCAACCACCCUUGACCACCUCGUGUUUGGAAUUGCUUCGAGCAAGAACUCAUGGCUGAAGAGGAAGGAGUACGUGAAGCUGUGGUGGAACAGCAACACCCACAAACCUAUGAAGGGGUGUGUGUUUUUGGAAAGCCUCACAGAUGAAGAACGUGCAAGGAACGAGAAAGAUACCUCUCUUCCUCCUCUUUGCGUCUCUCAGGACACUUCACGGUUCCGUUACACUAACAAGGGUGGACUGCGCUCCGCGAUACGCGUGGCACGUGUGGUGGCGGAGACCGUGGCGAUGAACAGCAAUGAUUCGGACGUGAGGUGGUACGUGUUUGGAGAUGAUGACACGGUUUUCUUCCCACAGAAUGUGGUGAAGACUCUUUCCAAAUAUGAUCACGAGCUUUGGUACUACAUUGGUGCAAACUCUGAGGUGUAUGAGCAGAACCGCGUGUUUGGUUUUGGAAUGGCUUUUGGAGGGGCAGGUUUUGCUAUCAGCUCCUCUUUGGCAAAGGUCUUGGCCAAGGUUUUUGAUUCCUGUAUAGAAAGGUACCCUCAUCUCUAUGGAAGUGAUGGCAGGGUCUACUCUUGCUUGGCAGAACUUGGGGUAGGAUUAACACAUGAACCCGGCUUUCACCAGGUAGAUUUAAAGGGAAAUACCUUUGGCCUAUUGGCGGCACAUCCUUUAACCCCUUUGUUGUCCCUGCAUCAUCCGGAUUACACUGAUCCAAUCUUUCCAAACAUGACAACCACACAAGCUCUCAAGCAUUUAUUUGAAGCAGCAAAUGUGGAUUCCCAGAGGAUGCUGCAGCAAGCAAUUUGCUAUGACAGAUGGUUUUCAUGGACAAUUUCAGUGUCAUGGGGCUAUGCUGUUCAGGUUUUCCCAAACCACAUGCUUUUGCCAGAAGUUCUGAAGGUGCAAGAGACAUUCAGGCAGUGGAGGAAGGGAAACAUGUUGGCAAAAUCAUACACUUUUAACACUAAAGAACUUCACCAUGACCCUUGUAAAAGAUCCACCGUUUUCUAUCUGGAUAGUGUGUAUUCUGGAAAGGAUGGCAUCAUUAGCAGUUACAAGAAAUCUUUUCAGAAUUGCUCAAACAAAGCCGAGUCGCCAGAGAAAUUGGAAGUGAUCAAAGUGGUCGCAAAUAAGCUAGACCUUAACAUCAAACAGUUAAAGGCCCCAAGAAGGCACUGUUGUGAUGUGCUGCCAUCUACUGCCCGGGACCAAAUGGAAAUCUCAAUGAGGGAAUGCAAAGAUGAAGAAUUGGUUUACAUGUACUGACAAGAAGGGUUGUCUGUGACCCAAUAUUGGUUUUUUUUAUCUUGAUAUAUUAUACCGAGGGUCAUGUAAUUGAUGCUUGAUGAGAAUGCAAAUAGAUGAAAUUACAGUAGAUUAGUUAACAGCUUGUAGCCCUGACAUUUUGUAUCAGUGUAAAAAUGCGAAAGUAAAUUCAAUCAGCUUAUGAUCAAGUAUGUU